AUGCUAGAGCUACACCCACCGGUAUCGGGAAACAACAAAUUUGUCCUCGGCGAACCCGACACCAGUGCUCUGUUUCGAUGGAUCCUCAAGACCAAGGUGGAUGCCGAAACCAUGCAAUAUAUUUUGGGAUGCCCGUUGCUUCCCGCACGAACUGGACUUUUGGUGGCGUCGUCCAACAAGGUGUACAACUGUUGCUUGUCACUGGAUCAAAUACAAGCAUUGGCGAUUCUCUUCCCCAAGUGGGAAAACAUUGGGUUUCACUGCAACAUCUCCUCCGAUGCCUUUUGCUAUCUCCUCGAAGCACUGGCAAAGCAGAAACACGACAAAACCCUCUAUUGCUCUCUCAUGCUACCUCGAUUACUGCCAUCAUCAUCACCAGACGACAACGACAAUAACCCAACGCAGAGAUUUGCCAAACCACUGCAAGAACUAUUGGGGGCUCGUUCUUCGGUGUUUAAACGGCUCAAAUUUCGACGAAAUUGCGACUCGUCCAGGCGAGAAAUGGACAAUGCCUGGUUUGACAUGAUGAUGACGACAAACCGAAGGGACAACAACAACCAGCGUUUGGAUGAAUUGGUGUUGCAACAGUUGAAAUUAAAAGGUCGCGAAAGUCUGGUCCAAUUCUUGUUCUCGACCAACGCACCGGCCCGACUCAUUCUGGAGAAUCUGGAAAUGGCGGCACCCCGCAAAUCAUCAUCGCUACAAGUCCAUUGGACGCGCCCCGACACAUGUCGCUUGACAACAUUAAAGAUUCAACUGCGACAGGGCUCUUGCUUACAUACGUUUGAUGGCAUGAUGGAAGAAGUGGCAUCGCUGCCCUCUUUGGCGCUGUCCAAUGCCAUUGCGACGAGCCAAGUGGAGACGUUUCAUGUGGCCGGUACGAAACUGUAUGGGUCGUGGGGCACCGCCACUAGUGGCACGGGGAGCCUUGUCAACCUGGUGGUGUUUGCACAAAAGGAACCGCUCGAAUGGUGGGAGGGGUUGCUACGGAUGAUUCCAUCCAUCCCAUCCCUCUCCAGCGUUUGGGUGCGACAACAUUCUGGAGUGAGUGGAGUUGCAGUUUCGGGAAGUGUCACCGAGGCGGUCCGCGGCGUGAUUGCCAACAAUGGGGGGCUCGAGUCUUUGCAGAUCAGUGGUUGCAGUGACUUCGUUUGGGGAUUGGUGCCUCGGUCCUUCUUU